CAUCACUAUCUCUCUACUUACUAUCUCUACAAUGUCUUCCUCUGCUGCUCUCUGCAUUCACAAUAACUCUCAAUCCGUGCUUAGCUUCCAGCUAUUCCUCUGCGUUGUCGUUUUCGUCUCCGUUUUUGCUUUCUUCCUUGCUCCCGGCGGUCUCGCAUGGGCUCUGUCGAAAUCCCGGACGAAAACCGCCAUUCCUGGUCCUUCGGGGUUCCCCAUUUUAGGGCUUCUGUUUGCUUUCACCUCGCCUUUGACUCAUCGAAUCCUUGCGAAACUCUCUACCACCUUCAAUGCUACGUCUUUAAUGGCGUUUUCUGUUGGGUUUACUCGUUUUGUUAUCUCGAGUCAUCCAGAAACGGCCAAGGAGAUACUGAAUAGCUCUGCUUUUGCUGAUCGGCCGGUGAAGGAGUCGGCGUAUGAGCUUUUAUUUCAUCGUGCGAUGGGGUUUGCUCCUUAUGGUGAGUAUUGGCGUAACCUUAGAAGAAUCUCGGCUACUCAUUUGUUUAGCCCUAAAAGGAUAUCGAGUUUUGGCGGGUUUAGGGAGAAAAUCGGGUUAAAAAUGGUGGAUCAAGUUUCCUCGUCCAUGGAUCGUAAUGGAUUCGUGGAAGUUAAGAAGCUGCUUCAUUUUGCUUCGUUAAACAAUGUGAUGAUGUCUGUGUUCGGAAAAUCAUACGAAGAUUUCGAUGGAAACAGCGGUGGAGAUGGGUAUGAGCUUGAGAAGCUUGUGAGUGAAGGAUACGAGCUGCUCGGAAUCUUCAACUGGAGCGACCAUUUUCCUAUCAUAAGUUGGUUUGAUUUUCAGGGGGUUAGGAAGAGAUGCAGAGAUUUAGUCACUAGGGUCAAUGUUUUCGUAAAAGAAAUCAUCAACGAACACCGUGUAAGGAGGUCCGAGAACGGCGGAACUACGUCGGCUGAAGACGGCGAUUUCGUUGAUGUUUUGCUUGAUUUAGAAUUGGAAAACAAAUUUACUGAUGCCGACAUGAUCGCUGUUCUCUGGGAAAUGAUCUUCAGAGGAACUGACACGGUGGCGAUACUGCUGGAAUGGAUUCUUGCUAGAAUGGUAUUACACCCAGACAUACAAUCAAAAGCACAAGCAGAAAUCGAAACUGUUGUCGGGUCGGGUCGUCCAGUUUCCGUAACGGACCUACCGCACCUGCCAUAUCUCCAUGCAAUUGUGAAAGAAACCCUACGGAUGCAUCCACCGGGCCCACUUCUAUCAUGGGCUCGACUUGCAGUCCACGAUACGCAAGUGGGUCCACACAUGAUUCCUGCCGGAACGACGGCCAUGGUCAACAUGUAUGCCAUAACCCAUGACGACUGUAUCUGGGUUGAACCCGAAAAGUUUAACCCGAAUAGGUUUAUAAACGAGGACAUUUCGAUAAUGGGUUCGGAUCUCCGCUUGGCUCCGUUUGGUGCGGGUCGUAGGGUUUGCCCCGGAAAAGUAAUGGGUUUGGCUACGGUCCAGCUCUGGUUAGCUCAAUUACUUCACAACUUCAAAUGGGUCCGGUCCGGGUCGGACACUGAUGCGGUUGAUUUGUCAGAGUGUUUGAAGAUGUCAUUGGAAAUGAAGAAACCAUUGGUUUGCGAGGUUGUGGCUAGGGUUUGAUGACGUGGCAAGGGAUUGAUUAGUUAAUCAUAGUUAAGUUUACCAUCACUAUCCAUUUUCAUUUUUAGUAGUUAAGGGGGUAAUUUUGGUAUUUCAAGAAGUUGGGCGAGGG